AUGGCUUGGCUUUUACUCAUUCUUCUCUGCCUCGGGAGUUCAAGGGCUAACUUUUUAAACAUUACCAGUAAAAUUGGGCCAGGCCUAGAGGAAAGAUUGCUGAGUCUUCUCUUAACACUACAAACGGAGAAAUUAUACGACACCCUUUUGAUUUAUGGACGGGAUUGUGCUUUUCCUUCCUUAUCCAGUCGAUUACAAGUCCCGACAGUGCUGGUUUCUUCGAGUAGCACCAACUUCGAGUGGAAUUUCAGUAGCUUAACACUUAUUCUCAGUUGUGAGUUUCAAGCAGAGAUGGAGGAGAACUAUCGCACAUUGAUGAAGCUGCAAGUAGCCAGGCGCCUACUUCUUCUGCGUGGGGACUUACAACCAGAGUCAGUAUGCGACUUCUAUUCGAAAAAGGAGCAAUAUAACAUAGCAAUGGUAAAAGAAAACUUCGAUCAUUUCGGAGUAGUAUACUCCUGUCGCCUAUUUCAAGAUCGAAACUAUGAAGAAGUGAUUCUAUCCGAUGUUAACCAAAUUUUUGUAGAACAGUUUAGAAACAUGCAUGGAGCGCCGAUAAGAACAAUUACCGACAACUUGGAACCUCGAUCCAUGGGAUCCCAGGACCCAAAAACAGGGAAGAAGAAGUGGAUUGGCUUUGUGGCUAACCUUAUAAACAAUUUUAUUGAAAAGGUUAACGCAACCAUGGAUAUGCCGGAAGAAUUGACGGGAGUCGACGGAAAAGUCUUCUUUGUGAAUAUAUCUCAGUGGACCGCAAACGAUCUUUUAGAUAUUGGCAUGACCGUGGACUCCACCUGGGAAAUGACUAACUUUGAUACAUUCUCAUAUCCUUACUUGACAAGCUCGUACUGCUUAAUGUUACCUCUUCCAGAUUUGGUGCCACACCACGAGAUCUACGGGGUGAUCAUAGAUCACGGAGUCCUGGUCGUGCUACUGGUCUUAUUCCUCAUCUUUUCGAUGCUGCUAAUCUACAUCCAGCAGAAAUCCUUUCGCGGUCUGAGGCUGACCAGAGUCCUGAUGAACGAUAUGUGUUUGAGGGGAUUUUUGGCUCAGCCGUUUCCAUUUCCCCGCCAAUCGAGCAGGAAACUGAAGCUAAUUUGCUUGCUUCUGUGCUUUUCCAGCCUUAUGACCACAACCAUGUACGGAGCCUAUCUGCACACUUUUCUAUACAGUCCGCCAGCCGAGCCGAUGGUACGUACAAUUAGUGAUUUUGAAAAAUCUAGAUACAAGGUGGCCAUGAACUGGGCCGAGAUAGACAUGUUGCGUUCCGAGAAGCAUCGUAAACUACACAGAGUAAGCGAUGAUAGGAUCCACACCUUUGAGGACUUCCACAAAUUCGAGAACUUACGAGGAUCUUUUGACAGCGACUUUGUCUUUCCGGUGACCAGUGUGCGCUGGAGCACCUACAACGAGCAGCAAAAGCUGUUUCAGCAUCCAGUGUUCUACUACUCAGAUGAUUUCUGUCUCAGCCGCUACAGUAUAUUGAGUUUUCCCAUAAGACGUCACCUUCCCUAUCGCGAAACCUUUGAAGACCAUAUUUUACGGCAGAAGGAAUUUGGACUGUUGAAUCACUGGAUCGAUCACAGCUUCUUGGAUAUGCUCAGGCUGGAUCUCACGAAGCGCACGGACUUCAGCAAACCGCUGGAGGAUCAACGGAAAAUCUGCGUGGAUGACCUUUACUGGGUUCUGGGAUUAUAUGCGUUGGCAUUGGGUAUCAGUGGCUGCUGCUUUGCACUUGAGCUUUUAAGAUCUUUAAACUAUUGGGCUCGUUUUAAGGAGUAUAAAUGGAGAUAG